GGCGAACAAACAAACAGUCAAUCGUCUGUGGGUAGCUAGAGGUUGCUGCUUUCUUCGAUUACUGAUUUCUUCGAUCAUAUUCUUCCGCCAAAGGAGGAACUUUCGUUUUAUAAAUAGAAGACGUUGUGCGCGAGAGGUAGGAAGGAAAAUUGAAAUACGCUUUUACGGAUUUGGAUUUCUAACCUACAAGGUGUCUGAUUUUUAAAAAUUUGGUCGCUUUGGAGGAAGUCAUUUUCUCUUGUUGAUAGUUUUGGUGUCGAAAGAAAAGAAAGAACGGAGAAGAAACGGGGCCUUGGUUUCGAUAUCGAAAUCACAAUCAACACAGCAUCGAAUUGUUUACUGCGGAUUCAUUUCUUGAAUCUGCCGAUUGUGAAUCUUGCGACUUGACGGAAAACGAAGAGGAGAUACAGCAUAGGGACUACGAAUUGAGCACUAGUGGCCGAAUCUGGGGUUCUCUUCAAAAGGAUGCCCUUGAAGAACGCGGAUACCGAGAUGACGAGGAAUACGAGGACGGUUACGGGGAGAAAGACGAUUUCUGGAGGCACCCGCGCGGCGGAGGGGGAAGGGGAGGUGAAUGAUUUUUCGGAAGUGAUUUUUAUGAGGGAGAUUAGGGAUCGACAGGUUGCGGGGAGGAAGGAGAGGGAGAGGAUGUAUCGGGAGGAGAUGGAGAUGGAGAUGGAGAAGAAGAAAAUGGAUGGAAAGGAAAUUGACCGGGAAGGGAAAUCGUGGUUUGAUUGGGAGAGAUGGGGACUUAGUGUUGGGUUGGUUCUCUUCAAUAUCCUCUUCGCCAUCCCCGUCGCAUACAUCAUUGCCAAAUACGCCGUUCCUGCUCCAUGGCGCUGGAUGGGCUUUAUCCUCUCUCACCAUGCACUACUCGCUUGUGGAUACGAAAUCGCGAUGGAUUUUAAAGAACGUGUUGAGGAGAUGGAGAGAAGGGAAAUGGAGGAGCAGAGGGAGUUGCAACAGUGGGAUGAUGUGGUGGAGAGGUUGGAGCGGCUGUUGGAGGAGAGUAGGAGGAAUAGGAGGGUUAUGGAGGGGGUGGAGGUGGGGAUUGCUGGGUGUGCGGAGGAUGGGCUUGAGGAGGGAGAGGAGAGGGAGGGAGAGAAGAGGGAGCGGGAAAUUGAUGUAGCAAGAAGAAGAGUAGGGGAGAAGAUUAGGGAAUUGGAGGGAUUAGAGAAGAGAGGUGUGAUGAUUGAUAGAGCACUUUUGGGAGUGUUGAAGAAAGAGAGACUCGAGUUAUUGUACGAGACGACUAAUCGCUCGAACGCGGGCAUGAUGAAUAAAUGGGCGGGCAAAUCGUGGAAGGAACUCUGUGAUGCGGAGGGCAUUUUGAAGUAUUAGGAAUUUGGAAUUGCGGGAUUUGUUAAAAGGAGAGGAUGUUGAUAGGACUGGAAUUGACUGGAUUGGUGGAUAGAUGAAUGGGUGCAAAGAAUAAGUUUGUGGUGGAGAUUGAGCAUUCAGGAUGCAUUUGAUAUCGACAGGACGUCUCUAGUACGUGUGAUAAACAGAAGAUAGAUAUGGGGUAUAUUUUCGUAGAUGACUCCUCCAAUCAACUACCUUCUCUCAAUACA